AUGCCGAAAGGUGCCUACAUUCCUUGGACUGCAUCCGAGGAGAACAACCUCGAACCAUGGUUAUUUGAACACCGCUGGAUGUCGUGGGAAAGAAGGGCCGAAGAAUAUUCCAAGCAACACAACAAAUACCGAUCAUUCGAGUCGCUGCGAGGGAAAUACAACCAGCUCCAGAAAGGGAUUAGACGACGGCGUCCCAUCUCUAACAGAAUAUCCGCACACACCCGCACGGUGGCGCGUAGGGCUCGGUACCGGCAUCAGAGGCUUCCAAAGGGCUUCCCUCCUCGCCCUCCUGUCUUUAGGCCUCAGACCCCGGAUCCUUGGGCUCGCCGAAUCUUGCAGCAACAGAAAAUAUCUGAAACCUCACUCCCGAAAGCUUCUACAGUGACCUUGCAGUUCCAGGAUGACCAUGAAUCCCCCAGCCCAGCAUAUCAUGUCACCCCGGUCUACAUGAGCCCCAAGCCCUUCUUUCGUCGACGUAAACAGCCACUGUUUGUUUCACAACUUUGGGAGAAAAUGCGCCGCAUCCAUAUUUCCACGGGAGAAACCGGAAGUGACUGA